AUGGCCGUCGCAUCGAUACAAGACAGAACAAACGAGUUCCGAUCCGUCCUCAUACAAGUACAAAAGAGACAAGCAUCAUCAAAAGUGGGAGCCCAGAGGCAAUCACUUCUUUCCGAUUCACAAAAGGCCGCAGCAAAUGGAGAUGCGAAUACACAUGGCAAACCCAGGAGAUCGGAGUUUGCAAGGAGGGCGGCGGAGAUUGGGAGAGGUAUAACGGGGACGAUGGAGAAAUUACAGAAGUUGGCGGAAUUGGCCAAACGAAAAACCCUCUUCGAUGACCGACCCGUUGAAAUCAACGAACUCACAUUCAUAAUAAAACAAGAUCUCUCCUCCCUCAACCAACAAAUCUCCAGACUCCAAAAUCUCACGCGCGCCCAACAUCCCAAAGCCGAUCAAGAGGGCGAACACAACAAAAAUGUCGUCUUCAUGCUACAAGGAAAACUCACAGACGUAUCCGUUAACUUCAAAGAUGUGCUUGAAGUCCGCACUAAGAAUAUUCAAGCCUCGCGAUCCCGGACGGAGAAUUUCGUUUCAUCUGUUUCUUCCCAUGUUCAACCUAAUAUUUCGCAAUCGGCAAGUCCGCUGUAUAGUACACCAACGAGAGGCAGUCCGGGUCCGGGUCAGGAUUUACUCAGUUUAAAUCCGGUUGGAGAUCAACAGUUGUUGAUGAUGGAGGAGGCGCAACCACAGAAUGAAUAUAUUCACCAGCGGGGAGAAGCUAUAGAAGCCAUUGAGAGGACGAUUAGUGAACUGGGAGGCAUUUUCGGACAGUUGGCUACUAUGGUUUCGGAACAGAGUGAGAUGAUUCAAAGAAUCGAUGCCAAUACAGAGGAUGUAGUAGAUAAUGUUCAGGGGGCUCAAAGAGAGUUACUGAAAUAUUGGUCGAGGGUAUCUGGUAAUCGCUGGUUGGUUGCUAAGAUGUUUGGUGUUCUUAUGAUUUUCUUUUUACUUUGGGUUCUAAUAGCGGCUUAG